AAUGGAAUACGCAACAGAUGAUAUCCAUUCGCCAUCAGCGUCGCUGAAACUGCUCUCCUCAUUGAAUGCAAUGGCGCUCAAAUCUUCCAUCCCCUUCCCCAUCCUCCCGCCAAAUAUAUCCACCCGCCACCGCCACUCCUCCACCCCCACUGAAAUCCGAUUCUCUCGCUGGAACAACGCCAACGCAGAACCCUUCCUUCGUCGCCAGCGACAGCAAAAGGAGAUCGAGGACGACAUCCGCCGCCAACGCCGCUUUCAGUCCGCAACCAAAAUCGCUGAAUAUUCUGAAUCUGUGAAUCACAUCUCCUCUAUCACAUCGUCUCCACCUCCCGAGUACAAGUCCCAUGGCACCCCCUCCUCCCCUUCCUCUCCUUCCAUUCCAGGCAAAGCCUCUAAAUACUCCAAACCCGAAAACCCUAGUUAUUCCCACCCCGCCUUCCGCCGAAUCGGUCGAUCUACACGCAAAGCUAGGGUUCCGCCGGAACAGCCCAACGGGGAGAUGGGGAUCUCCGUUUCGGAUACGGGAAUAGCUUACAAACUCAAGAAUGCGCCAUUCGAGUUCCAAUAUAGCUAUACCGAGACGCCGAAGGUGAAGCCUCUGGCUCUGCGAGAACCACCGUUUUUACCCUUUGGGCCGACGACGAUGCCGAGGCCGUGGACGGGACGGGCGCCGCUGCCUGCUAGCAAGAAGAAGCUGCCAGAGUUUGAUUCGUUUAGGUUACCGCCUCCAGGGAAGAAAGGGGUGAAGACGGUUCAAGCACCAGGGCCAUAUCUGGCUGGUUCGGGGCCGAAGUAUAUGGCUGAGACAAGAGAAGAGAUACUUGGCGAGCCACUGGAGAAGGAGGAGGUUAAGGAGCUUAUAAAGGGGAGUUUGAAGAGCAAGAGGCAACUGAAUAUGGGAAGGGAUGGUUUGACUCACAAUAUGUUGGAUAAUAUACACGCUCAUUGGAAACGGAGAAGAGUGUGCAAGAUAAAGUGUAAAGGGGUAUGCACGGUUGACAUGGAUAAUGUCCGCGAACAACUAGAGGAAAAAACUGGAGGAAAGAUUAUAUAUAGCAGAGGAGGCAUUGUCUACUUGUAUCGUGGUCGGAAUUACAACUAUAGGACCAGACCUAAAUACCCUCUUAUGCUUUGGAAGCCCAUGACACCCGUGUACCCUCGAUUGGUUCAGCGUGUUCCCGAGGGGUUAACAUUGGAAGAGGCAACUGAGAUGCGCAAGAAAGGGCGCCAAGUGCCUCCAAUAUGCAAACUUGGAAAGAACGGCUUAUAUUCUAAUCUUGUUAGAGAUGUCAAGGAGGCUUUCGAGGAAUGUGAGCUGGUUCGGAUCAACUGCAAAGAUAUGAACAAAAGUGAUUGCAGGAAGAUAGGUGCCAAGCUCAGGGACCUGGUUCCAUGUGUCUUACUCUCAUUUGAGUAUGAGCAUAUACUGAUGUGGAGAGGGAAAGAAUGGAAAUCAUCUCUUUUACCAUCAAACGGCGAUCAUGCAGCUGUGGGACUUAUCGCGGAUGAUGCAUUUGAUAUUUCUGGUUCAUUAGUAAAGGACAUGCAAAUGCAGAAGAUAAAUUCCGUAGAGGAAAGUGUUGAUAUAAAUCUCUUAAAAGAUUUUGACAUGGAAAAUACUAGAGAUAUUGCAAAGAUAGAUAUAAUUGAACCACCUGCUUCUAGUUCUGUUGAAGGCUCAGUCGAGGAGCUAUCUGAUGAAGUUCAUAAAGAAAACAGUUCUCAAAUCGUAAGAUCAGAUCCCGAAGAGAAUGAGAAUCUUCUUUUAAGACAAAGCAAUGGCAAUGCAUCAUCGGCAUCUGAUCUGAAUUUGGCAGAGAUAGGCACUAAUGAAUCUGAUAUCAAAGCAGACAAUUCUGAGAAUCUCUUUGAGUCUUUCAAUGCCCCAUGGUUGGAAGGUGUCACACUUCUUGUCAAGCAAGCUGUUGAGGCUGGAAAUGCUUUGGUGUUGGAUGAGAAGUCCGCAGAUGCAGAUAUUGUACUAUCCAAAUCUGUUGCUCUUGCCAUGAAAGCUGCAACUGGACCGAGCUUUCAACAUCCGUGUAAGAAAGCUGUGUCUCAGAAGGUUAAGAAAGAAAAGAGCAAGGACGGUAAGGAGGAAUAUGUUGUUGAAACUUCACCUGUUUCUCUAAGAAAAGGUGAUGAGAAACAGAAAUCUAGGAGCAGGAACAAGAAAGAUGUCUUUCUGGAUGUGGUUCCUCAUGGAAGUUUAGGAGUGGACGAACUAGCAAAGCUACUGGCUUAAGUUGAAUCUGUGAAGUCAUCCGUAGAUGGAUUUUAACAAGUUUUUAUUAUUCCCAUAUGGAAUUUUUUCGAGAAUGGCAAUAAUUUAUCUGAUCCAAUGUCCGCUAAGGGAGCUCUGCUCAAAGAAAUGAGGAUAGAAGAAUGGGUUAUUAUUUUACAGUGCUAGUUAAGGUAUGUUUCGUGUCAGAAAUACCUUGUACAAUAUAUUACAUUUUGAUUAUCAUUUUCAGUUUACACAAUAUUAAUUGUCUCUCCCUAAUCACCACAUUAAAGCAUGAUUCAUUUAUAAUUAUGUCGGCAUUUCAAAUCAAUUAUUUUUGUCAAGAAUAACCCGUGCCU